AUUAAUACGUGUCAAAUACACAACGGCUAUAUUUGACGACGUCAAAUUGGUGCAGCUAAGAGUGAGUCGGUGGGUUCUUGUAGGACCCAAAAGAGCGUUACUUUCCUAAUUUUAGUGGAGCGUUACAUACACACUCAGCAAGCCUUCUUCUUCUUCAUUCAUCUCCUGCUUCUAGACGCGGUGGUGAAGAAAUGACGGCGGCCGGAGUAGCCUCGGCUCAGACGAAGAAGCUCCUCAAGUUUAGUCUUUCUCUCUUCCGUCGUGGCUUUAACUCCUCCAAAUGCAAAACGGCGGCGAAGAUGGCAGUGGCUCGGAUAAAGCUUCUGAGGAACAAGAGGCAAGUCGUGGUGAAGCAAAUGAGGCGUGACAUCGCGGUUCUUCUUCAGUCGGGUCAAGAUGCCACCGCUCGAAUCAGAGUUGAGCAUGUGAUUAGGGAGCAGAACAUCCUGGCGGCAAACGAACUCAUCGAGCUUUUCUGCGAGCUCAUCGUGUCCCGUCUCACUAUCAUCACCAAGCAGAAGGAGUGCCCUGUGGAUCUGAAGGAAGGCAUUUCUAGUUUGAUCUUCGCUGCGCCUAGGUGCUCUGAAAUCCCUGAGCUUGGAGAUCUGAAAGACAUCUUUGAGAAGAAGUACGGAAGAGAUUUUGUAACUGCUGCUACUGAUUUGCGUCCUACCUGCGGCGUGAACCGGACGUUGGUUGAUAAGCUUUCUGUUAGGCGUCCGUUUGGAGAAUUCAAACUGAAAAUCAUGAAGGAGAUCGCCAAGGAGUUCCAGGUCGAUUGGGACACUACUGAGACAGAGCAAGAACUUCUCAAGCCUCAAGAAGAAACCAUUGACGGUCCACGUGCGUUUGUUAGCGCCUCAAGCUUACCCGUAAACCGUGCUUCUCACGAGCCCAUUGAUCCUAACAAAGCUGUGCCGAGACAAUCCCGAGAUUCUGAAACAAGCUCCUACUACUCAAAGCCUACUGCGGAAAACAGAGGAAUCUGCAGGAGACACAGCUGCAACAAUCCGUGUAUACAUGAAUCAGCUGACCACGAGGAAGAAGAAGCAAAGGAAACAAUGAGGAGGAGACACAGCUACAACUCUCCACCAGUUCCUCCUCCUGCAACUUCUGAGAUCAAGUUUGAUGAGUCAGACUACUACGAGGACGAGACAGAUCCAGAAGAAGGAACAUUACAGAGUCGUGGUUCUUGUUCCCUCCCGCCAAACCGAGCACCGCCUCAGGCUCCUCCUUCUCAGUCCGCUGAGUCGAGACGGGACUCAAGCGGUCACCAUGUUCACCCAAAACUCCCUGACUACGAUACGUUGGCUGCACGUUUCGACGCAAUCAGACACAAGAUCGUGAUGGGUAAAGUCGGGUGGUCUGAUUUACCUGAAGAACUCGUCGGUUUAGUUGCCGACCGUUUAUCUCCCAACAUCGACCUACUCCGUCUACGUAGCAUAUAUAUUCGUCAAUCUUACGACGUUGAAUACUCGAACAAGCGACUGAAAAUAUCACGUAAUUCGUCUAGAGCUGUGCUCGUAGACAGUUUAUUUUUCGUAGUCGACAGCAACAAGCAAAUCUGGUGCUGCAAGAGCGGAGAAGAAAAUAGUAGAUGGACAAGAAUCAAAAACGAAGAAUCUGGAGGUUUAUGUUUCUCGGACAUUGCACUUCACAGAGGAUCAAUCUAUGCCUUGGACUUGAAAGGAGCAAUUUGGUGGAUUUGUUUACCCGAGCUUAUCAUUUAUCAGUCCACAGUUUCAAGUCCAAUGGACGACAACAACAAUUAUACUUGCAAAGACAAGAGACUCGUGGAGUAUUGUGGAGAUCUGUGCGUUGUUUAUCGCUUCUAUAAUAGAUAUGAUAUCGAGAGGACACUUUGUUUCAAGGUUUAUAAGAUGGACGACGAGUUGAUGGAAUGGGUUGAGAUUAAAUCCUUGGGAAACAAGGCACUCAUUGUGGCUACGGACAGUUGUUUUACGGUUUUAGCCUCCGACUACUAUGGAUGUUUGGAGAAUUCCAUCUACUUCACUGAUGUUGAUGGAGAUAAAUUUAGGAUUAUUGGAGUGGAGGAUGAAGAUGUUAAAGUGUUCAAGCUUGGUGAUGGUAGUAUCAUCAAUAUGAUUGAUUCUUCUUCUCCGACUUGUUUUCAGAUGUUCUCUCUUCCCUUUCUCUCGAAAGAUCAAUUAUCUUAA